UAAAAAAAAAUCAAUAUCUCACGCCAAUUCGACAAUCGUUCUUCGUAGUUCGUGAUCGGGUAAAAAUGGUGGUGGGUCUCAGAGAGUUCUUGCAGAGAACCGGAAAUGGCGCUGGACAACCUGUCCUCGACGAAGCUAACGGCGAGGAACUCAUGCACGUUCAGCCCUCCGUCGCCGUCGUCCUCGGCAAUCGCCCCGCCGAGUCUCUGGGAACUCUCUACAUCACUUCCAGGAAAGUAAUAUGGUUGAGCGAUGUGGAUAGGGAAAAAGGUUAUGCUGUUGAUUUCUUGUCGAUAUCCCUUCACGCAGUGUCUAGGGAUCCAGAGGCUUACUCAUCUCCUUGUAUAUAUACUCAGAUUGAAGUUGGAGAAGAUGAGGAUGAGUCAGAGGAGUCGGAUUCAGAAUCCGGCGAAGUUGUGGACUUGUCAAAGAUAAGAGAGAUGAGGCUUGUUCCCUCAGAUGCUAGCCAAUUGGAUACUCUCUUUGAGGUGUUCUGUGAGUGUGCCGAGCUGAACCCUGAACCAAUUGAAGAAGACAACGAAGAAGAGGGACAUAAUUGGGUGUUCAGUGCUGAUCAGAUGGAUGGUCUAGCAGCCGAGGAAGAUGACACAGAAUGGCAAGUAUCUCAAAAUCCAGCUAGCGUGAUCGGUCGCUCAAACGGUGAUCAUGGCCUUGCUCAGUCCGUCCUCGAGCUCCAAAUAAAUGAUCAGCGAUUUGAGGAUGCUGAUGAAAUGGAUCGUGAGAGCGAGACCACCGGUCGUUAAAGUUUCUUGUUCACAAGAAACUAACUGAAGAGUUAUGUUCUGUGUUGUCUCAUAGCCAAUGAACUCGUCUCUUCAAGGAUGUUUGUUCUGUCCUGACAUUUUUGUGCUGUAGCAUUCUAAGUUCAACGUAGAUUUACAGUGAACUUAAGUCUUUGUAUUACUGCUGGAAAAUCGUUUGUGUAAUGUAAAAUCUAAAACGAUCA